AUGGCGCUUUCCAUCUUUGUACCGAUUGGGUAUGUGGCCACACUGGUAGUGUCGAUGCUGGUGUUCUCACGCAUCUAUCGACGACGAUCAGCGCUAAAGUUGGCCAAGUCGUACCAACCGUGGUUUGGCGAAGGACACGAAGCACGCGACAUUUACCAGACGCUGGUAGCCGCAGAUCCGCCCGCGCCGGAAGAGGUGCUCAAGGCGGCGCUGCUGAAUCGAGCCAUGACAGACGUUCGCAGAAUCAUGCGUAUGCGCGAUGACAAGCAAGCUCUGGCAACACUGCUCCAAAAAGGAUCUAUCGGCGACGAAACCAUGGCACGAUUUACAUUGGCGGAAAAGGAGCUAGAAGCCGAGAUCCUCGAUGUGGUUUCGGAGGCCAACACGUUUAGAGAAGGAUGGGGACAACUCAUCUUUCCAACUGCAAGCGAGAUGGUGGCGCACUUGAAGCACAAAGAGAUCUACUACGACAUUCAGCGUCAGCGUGCGGCCGAGGUCAAGACGCUCCAAGAUCAGGGAUUGCCGGUACCCAAGCCAACAGUGGAGCUGCCACCGCUCGUGACACCACCUGGAACCAAGAUCGAGAUUCAACGAGGUUCGCAAGGAGGUCCCGAUGCGCCUGGAGCACCAGGUGCACCUGAUGGUCCUGGUAUCAGCCUGCCGAUGACAGGAUCGGGUGCAGAUGCUAGGGUAACACUUCCAAACGGCCAGCAGAUCCAUCCGGCGCAAUUGGCGGCUCUGAUGCAAGGUCCACUGCCACCCAACCUGCCACCGCAGCAGGUAGCAAUGCUGAUGCAAGCGCGUGCACAGCUACAGGCGUUGCAAGAUCAGGCUCAGGCUCAGGCUCAGGCUCAGUCGCAACAACAACAGCAGCAGCAGCAGCCGUCAAAAGGGACAACGGAAGCGACUCAAGCAGCAGUGGCCGUCCCAGCAUCGGCGCGCGACGGCGCGGACAGUGCGCCUGCUGCAGUGAGCAAGACAGCGACGGUCGAGGAUGACGAUGAAGCAUAG